AUGGAGGUUCUGCGCAAGUCAUCGGCGUUUGCCGCCGAAGUUCUGGACGUCUUCGAGAGAUCCCUGAGUGACAAGGAGCUGGUAGCACAAGCCAAAGCCCUCUGCCGUGACUUCAUACUGUCUAGGCUCAACCAGAAUGGGCUGGCCUGGUCCAAAAGCGAACUCAAUCUGACUCCUGCCAGAGCUGCCCUCGCCGAUGUCUCCUUUGUGCUCCUCUGCCUCGGUGACGAGCUGGAACGCAUCCUUCCCAGCUUGUACACGAAUGUGGCCCGCCAGCUGAACAUAUCCGUGGCCAUGGAGACCAUGGUUUCAGACGCCUUCAUUGGCGUGGCCACAGAGAUCUUCUCCACAGGCAUAACGUGGGGUAAGGUGGUAUCCAUGUAUGCGGUGGCCGGCGCCCUGGCAGUCGACUGUGUUAGGCAAGGACACGCCGCCACUGUUAAUGUUAUUGUGGACAGUCUGGGGCAGUUUGUGCGCAACUCCCUCGUCCAGUGGCUCAAGAGGCGCGGAGGAUGGGUGGAACUGACCAAUUGUGUAGUGAAGAGAGAGAUCUGCCCUGAACACUCCUGGCUGUCUUCUGCCCUGGAUUCCCUGCGCUACUUCCUCAUAUCUAUGUACGUGUACAUCAUGAAGGAAGGGUGA